AUGGAUGCAGUGAAUGCAGAUCUAAUGUGGCCUGCGGUGUUAUUUACGCUGCUUGCAAUUGUUGUAGCAGCAAUUGCUUUUGGAAAAAAUAAAGCUGCUGCGCCUUCAAAGGACAUCCAUAGUGUUGUUGAGGAUGAGCGAGUUGGUGCAGACAACGGAGCAUCUCGCAUUCAGCAUCAAUCUAGUGCAAAUCCCAAAGACGAAACUAUGGAACUUGUAAAGGAUUCUAACCGAGAUCAUGGGGAUGAAGAAGUGUGCAAGUCAGAUUGUCUAACUGACACCAAAUGGAGGGAGGAUUCAUCAGAGUAUGGGAUAAGAAAUGCUCUGAAGGAUUAUGCUCAAUCACCAGAUGCUGAGAAUGUGCCAUUGAGAUACAUGACUGGCAUGUUGAGGUCCAGCCAGCUUGAAAACAUGAUGACUAAUGAAGAACUGGAGGAAGAGCUGAGAGUUCAGCGGGAGCAGUUAGCUGCCAUCUUCCAGCUGCUCAGAGACAAACAAGACACGUUUGGUGAGGUGACUGAGAGUGAUUUAGAAGAACAACUGAAACUGUACUCUAUUUAA